UAAAGGCAGGGGUCUCGGCUCCGCAGACCGCAAGCAACUGCGCUCACGCUCCGCAGUGAGUAGGCCGCUCCAUUUGACUCCGUCGCCGCCUUGCCCAAUCCGGCCAUGGAUCCGGACGCCGAGGUCGACUUCGACUUCUCGCCGUUCCUCAUCCGCUACAAGAGCGGCCGCGUGCGCCGUCUCAUGGGCACGUCCAGGGUCGACGCCGGCGCGGACGCCGCCACGGGAGUCACCUCCAGGGACGUCGCCAUCGACGCCGGCGCCGCCGGCCUCGCCGCGCGGCUCUACGUCCCAAGCGACGUCCUGGGCAGGCCCGAGGAGAAGCUGCCCGUCCUCAUCUACUUCCAUGGCGGCGCCUUCCUCGUGCACUCGGCCUUCUCCGGCGCGCACUUCCCGUUCCUCAACGCGCUCGUCUCCGCUGCCCGCGUGGUGGCCGUGUCCGUCGACUACCGCCUCGCGCCCGAGCACCCGUUGCCCGCCGCCUACGACGACGCCUGGGCCGCGCUCGGCUGGGCCGUGGCGAGCUGCGCCGCCGCCGCCGGGUCCGGGCCGGGAGACCCGUGGCUGUCCGCGCACGGAGACGCCGCGCGCCUCUUCGUCGCCGGCGACAGCGCCGGCGCCAACAUCGCGCACAACGUAACGCUCAGGGCAGGCGGCAGCGGCCUCCCCGGCGGGGCGCGGAUCGAGGGGAUGGUGCUGCUGCACCCGUACUUCCGCGGCGAGGAGCUCUUGUCGUCGGAGGGCACGGACCCCAAGUUCCUGCAGAGGGCGGAGCGGUUGUGGGGGUUCAUUAGCGGCGGGCGGUACGGGCUCGACCACCCGUUCAUCAAUCCGCCGGCGAUGCCGGCGGCGGAGUGGGCGAAGCUCGGCUGCCGGCGUGCGCUGGUGACCGUGGCCGGGUUCGACACGCUGAGGGACAGAGGCCGGCGGUACGUCGAGGCGCUGAGGGGCAGCGCGUGGGCAGGGGAGGAGGCCGUGCUGUACGAGACGGAAGGCGAGGGGCACGUCUACUUCAUCGACAAAUUCGGCGGCGGCGGUGAGAAGGCGAAGCAGGAGAUGGCGGCCGUCGUGUCGUUCAUCAAGCGACAGAGCUAGGCAGGGUCCAUCUGCGUCGUUCAUCGAGCAAUGUCUUUGCUGCUGAGAGCUCUGAAGUCUGAACCCUUGUGGAAUGCAGGAUUGAGACAUCCUUUGCUCAUACCUAUAUUUUACCUGUGUGCUCUGAAUAAUUCCAUGCCCAUUUGGCGCGCUAAAAACCAUUUAGAGUGGCACAAACGUGUUUGGCUGAGUCAUCGAUUGUGCUUUCUUUUUUCUUUUUCUUUCUUUAUCUAUGGAGCCUGGCUGGAAGUGCAAAUGGAGUGUGUAUCUGAUCUUCCGCUCAGAGAAAUGGGGUCUGAUGAGGACAUCGAAAUGGGUUAAUGGGUUGGUGUGCAAUUAUAAAAAAAAAAGGUUGGUGUGUGGUGAACUGGCAAA